AUGUCUGUCCCUGAGGCUGAGGACAGUCGUCGAGGUGUGCUGUACUGGAUCAAGAGGGUGGCCAACUUGAUCUUGGCGCAAUACCUUAUCAUUGGGUUCGCGAUUGCUUGUGUCGUGGGAUACUAUGCCCCGUCCGUCGCUCAACAUGGAGGUGUCAUCCGCUCAGAGUAUAGCAUUCUCUACGGCGCUGUCGCCUUCAUCUUUCUCGUCAGCGGUCUGCAGCUCUCACCAGGCAAGCUGCGAAAGAACGUGACGAACUGGAGGUUGCAUAUUCUCGUCCAGGGGAUCAGCUUUGCCGUCAUCCCAGCUAUUGUACUUGCCAUCGUUCACAUCUCCAUUGCUGCAGGAGCUCUCAAAUCCCAGACACCCUCACCACCAAUCCUAAUCGGUCUCCUCGCAACAGCCUGCCUCCCGACGACAAUUGCAUCCAACGUGGUGAUGACACGGUCAGCAGGCGGAGACGACGCAGCGGCCAUCAUCUCAGUGGUACUCGGCAACGUCGCCGGGUCCUUUCUCUCGCCGCUGCUCAUUUACGGCUUCUUCCCCUCGGGUCACCCCGAGUCGUUUGAUGACUGGCGCCCUGCUAGCCCUGCUACUCUUGGACACAUGUACGCUGAUGUCGCCAAGCAGCUGGGUCUCAGUGUCGUGCUGCCCCUCGCCGUGGGUCAGGCUAUCCGAUGGACCUGGGAGGAGAAGACGGUAAAGGUCCUGGAAACCCUCAAGUUGGCCAAGGUGUCUACGCUGUGUCUCGUUCUGCUCGUGUGGACCACUUUCUCUGGCGCUUUCGGCACAGGUGCCCUAAAGGACCUCUCAUCGAGCAACGUUGUCUUCAACAUCUUGAUCAACGUCGCCCUAUACGCCAUCUUCACCGUCAUAUGCUUCUACGCAGCCCGUCCCCCGGAACGCUUCGUGGGAUGGGCGUCCUCAUCCUGGCUCGGCAGGCGUCUACCCAGAGCUCUGCUCCCAGCCCGCAUGUCGAAAGAGCAGACCAUUGCCGUAUGCUUCUGCGGGGCGGCCAAGACGACGAGUCUGGGUAUCCCUUUGGUGAGCGCCAUGUGGGCGAGGGCUGAUGACCUCACGCGCGCUUAUAUCCAAAUCCCUGUGCUGCUUUAUACGAUUGAGCAGGUUUUCAUGGCUCAGAUGGUGGUUUACCUAUUUCGUUGGUAUAUGCGGCGUGGAAUUGACAAGACCGAAGAGGACGAGGAAAUAGGAGGCGAUACUCCUGAACCACAGCAGAUAACUGAGGGGCAAUCUCAGCAACAUGACACUUCGAAGGGCACGGUAGACCAGAAUGUAUCAAAGGAGUAG